AAUCUCACUCUGUGAGUUGACAAAAAAUUUGUGUGCACUAAAAGCAGCAUUUUUUUGGUUAAAUCUACAGUCUUAAAGUAAUUCAGUGGUCUUAAACAAUAUGAGCGACGGUGCUGGCAACUGGUGUCUCAUUGAAUCCGAUCCCGGGGUGUUCACGGAGCUCAUUCGCGAGUUUGGCUGCGAUGGCGCCCAGGUGGAGGAGAUCUGGAGCUUGGACAGCGAGUCCUUUAAGAACCUGGAGCCCAUCCAUGGCCUAAUCUUCCUGUUCAAGUGGGUGCAGGAGGAUGAACCCGCUGGCAAGGUUGUCUUGGAUCGGGAGAACAUCUUCUUCGCCAAGCAAGUGAUCAACAAUGCAUGCGCCACCCAGGCCAUUUUGAGUCUGCUAAUGAACCUGGAUCACGAGGACAUCAAGCUGGGCGAAACACUGACCAACUUCAAGGAGUUCUGCCAGUGCUUCGAUCCGUACAACAAAGGAUUGACACUAAGUAACGCCAGUCAGAUCCGCACAGUGCACAACUCCUUUGCCCGACAGACGCUCUUUGAGCUGGACAUGAAGAACCAGAAUAAGGAUGAGGAUGUAUACCACUUUGUGGGCUAUAUGCCCAUUGGAGGAAGACUGUACGAGCUGGAUGGUCUGAGGGAGGGACCCAUUGAUCUGGGAGAGAUCAAGCCAGAGCAAAAUUGGAUUGAUGUUAUGCGCCCGAUUAUAGAGAAGCGCAUGCAGCGCUAUAGCGACGGGGAGAUCCACUUCAACCUGAUGGCCCUGAUCUCGGAUAGGCAGCGUAUCUACGAGCAGCAGAUCGACAAGCUACUGAACCCGGCUCCCAAUGCAAUGGACACAGAGGAGGAUCGGCAGACCGAGAUCAGCAGCUUGCGCACCUAUAUCCAGUACGAGAUCCAGAAAAAGAAGCGCUACAAGGUGGAGAAUGUGCGCCGCAAGCACAACUAUUUGCCCUUCAUCGUGGAGCUGCUGAAAAUGCUGGGAGAGACUAAACAAUUGAUGCCCAUCUACGAGAAAGCCAAGCAAAGGGCGCUGGACCGCGAACAGGCGCAGCGCAAAAAGGAGACCAACUAGGCAUUUAAAGUAUAUAUCCCGCGUUGGGCAAUUCCAAAUUGCUGCGAUUUCAAAUAAAACAGAAAGUAAAGAUCAGAGA